ACUGCUUAAAUACAUUUUAGAUGAAAUUUUAGUAGUCUCUAUGCAGUCAGAAUAUUGAAGGUUAGGACUACAUUUUCUCUAUACAGAAUUGAGAUGGCUCUACAAGAGCAGCUAAAUAAGUUCAAUAAACAGCAAGAGAAAUGUCAAUCUACGCUUUCGAGCAUUGCUUCUUCAAGAACGGGGCCUUCUAGGUCAUCCGUGCCUGCAGCAACAACCAGUCAGAAGCCUAAUGUAGUUCGUGGAAAGUUUUCAGAAAAUACAAAGCAGCUUCAGCACAUUAACAACAUAAGAAACAGUGCUGUUGGAGCUCAAAUGAAGCUUGUCAUUGAUCUUUUGCUUAAGACAAGGCAAGCCUAUACGGCAGAGCAAAUAAAUGAAGCUUGUUACGUUGAUAUGACUGCCAAUAAGGCUGUUUUUAAUAGUUUGAGGAAGAAUCCGAAAGUGCAUUAUGAAGGAAGAAGGUUCUCUUACAAGGCUACGCACGAUAUCAAGGACAAGAAGCAGCUUCUUUCGUUUGUGAAUAAAUCCUCUAAUGUGAUUGAUGUGGUUGAUCUCAAAGAUGCUUACCCUAAUGUCAUGGAAGAUUUGCAAGCUUUGAAAGCUUCGGGAGACAUCUUCUGGUUGCCAUCAAACACUGAUUCAAAAGAGGGUAUUGUGUAUCCAAAUGAUUUGAAGUAUCCGAAGAUUGAUGACGAGCUUAAAGCUCUAUUCCGCGACAUAGACAUCCCGAGCGACAUGCUUGACGUGGAGAAGGAGUUGCUGAAGAUUGGUUUGAAGCCGGCCACAAACAUUGCAGAGAGGAGAGCUGCUGAACAGCUCCAUGGCGUAUCAAAUAAACCGAAGGAUAAGAAGAAGAAGAAACAAGAGAUCAGCAAGAGAACCAAACUCACCAAUUCCCAUAUUCCUGAGCUCUUCCAGAGCCUAAACGCCAGCAGUUCUGGGAACUAAACCUCUUUGAAUUUCUUUGUCUCUAAACCUAUAUUUUUCCUACUCGAAGUCUCUGUACUAAUAUAAAAGCACGCUGCAA